GUAACGCCUCCUCAUGCUACCAACGAUGGAAAGCAUGUCAACGCAGUGGUGCAUGCCAGCAUCUGUUGGCUUCGUUGGCCUUGGGGCCAUGGGCUGGCACAUGGCCCGCAACCUGCGCCAAAAGCUGCCGUCAUCGAGUACGCUGUACAUCAAUGAUGUGGUAAAGUCUGUCUCCGAGCGGUUCGCAGCAGAGUACGGGUCGCUUGGGCCAGUGGUCAUCUCACAGAAUGCUGCGGAGGUUGCCAAGCACAGCGACGUCAUUCUCUCGAUUGUUCCGGAGGGCAAGCACGUUGCAGCUGUGUACGCGACGACAGAGGGUGGAGCCCUAUCGGAUCCGGCCGUAUUGAAAGGAAAACUCGUCCUGGAGUGCAGCACAAUCGAUGUGGCAACUUCGCGCGAAGUCGCUGCGGCGGUGGAGGCGGCCGGUGCGGUAUUCGUGGACGCGCCCGUAUCAGGCGGUUCGGCGGGUGCGGACAAGGGGACAUUGACGUUCAUGAUGGGGCUGAACGCUGGACAUGCGCGGCUGGCCGAAAUUCGCACCCUUCUUGAGCUCAUGGGCAAGAACAUCUUCGAGUGUGGGGGGCCUACGCUGGGCCUCUGCACAAAGAUCUGCAACAACUACGUGGGAGGGACGAUCGCAAUCGCCACCUCGGAAGGUUUCAACCUCGCGAUGCGCCUGGGCGUCGACCCGGUCACGUUUCGUGACGUCCUCGCCGUCAGCACUGGCGGAAGCUGGGUUAACCAGAGCUGUAAUCCCGUGCCCGGCGUGCAGGCCGAAGCGCCAGCAUCCGACGACUACGCGCCCGGCUUCAAGGUCCAGUUCAUGCGCAAGGACUAUAAUCUCGCCGUGGAGGCCGCAAAACUCGUUGAUGCUAAGAUGUAUCUUGCGGAGUCGGGUCUUGACGUCUACACACGAGCCUCGGCCGACCCAAACUGCGUGGACCGCGACAGUCGCGUCGUAUAUCGUUUCAUUGGUGGAGAUGAGAACUGGAAGAAGGACGGCAAGUAGCAAUGUCGCUGACCUGACGACAACUAGCCCGAUGAAAGCUUUCCCGAAGUUGACAACGGAAUAUUGACAGCCCUAUCCGUCGGAUCGUCUCAGUGUCACUCAAGUCCAGACUCUGUGAGCGUAGCCUCCCUCGCUGAAGCUGCACAGUUGUCACCCUCGGAAGGUUGGGAUAAAUAACUUUAUCAGCAUUAAGCGUAGCGAGGUCUGAUUUACCCCUACUCAUCGGGUCAGGUGAUAUCCGAGUGUUGCCUGAGUGAAGG